CAUUACUUCCGCUAAGCUGGUCAGUGGGAGUGAAAUUGAUGUACUGAGGUGUUCUGUUCGGUCUUUUAGGAUCAGAACUUUCUCCUCCCUCUGAAUAAAGCCACAGCACCAGCAGCCAUGGAUUCACAGGCAGCCCCCCAGCCAGUCAUAUGUGAGGUCUGUGGGACAUACUUUGAGACCCGACGAGGGCUCUCCAGCCACGCCCGCCUCCACCUACGGCAGCUAGGUGUGACGUUGUCAGAAAGCAGUGGAGCUCCCAUAGACCUCCUCUACCAGCUCAUCCAGGAGAGAGAUGGCUCCCUCCCGAAUUUCAAAGCAGACUCCGCUGGGUUGACCCCUCUGAAAACAACAUCCCAGCAGGAGUCCGGGACUCGCUCAGAUCCAGAGGACACGAGUGCCUCCUACAAAGCAGGGAGUAGAGUUGUGACAACUCCGCAGAAGAUGGAUCAUCAGGGAUCUCCAGCCAGACUGAAAGAGUCAGCAACCUCUCUCCUGCCCUCACCCCCCUCUGGUCUUAGGCUGGUUGAGUCUGGUGCAAGUGAAGGCAACAGCUCAUCCUCCUUAGAGCACCAGACCACAGCCAAGCCACAGUGGGCGCCGCUCGAAACAGACGCCCCCAUCACCUUAGACACCAGCGAUGAGGUCCAUGUGUGCCAGCUUUGUGGCUGCUGGUACGAGACACGCAAAGGCCUGUCCAGUCAUGCUCGGGCCCAUCUGCGCCACAUUGGAAUCCCUGACAGUGAGAUCAAGGGCAGCCCUAUUGAUCUUCUUUACCAGAUCAUGGAGGAAGAGGACCUCAAGCCCAUCACCAGUGGACAACAGGAGGAGCUCACCUCCAACAGUCCCCCUAGAUCCUCCUCCAAACAUCCCUCCGGUCUGUCCUCUCCACCUGCGUCUCCUCCCAGUAAACGACCUAAAACAUCAGAGGAUUGUACCUGUAUUCUGUGCGGGGAGGAGUUUGAGAACCGCAAAGGUCUGUCCUCCCACGCACGCUCUCACCUGCGUCAGCUGGGAGUGAGUGACCUGCUGGGGAAAAGCUCUGCAAUUGACACUAUCCAGGAACUGGUCAGCAGUGGCAUGCUAGAAGCCAUGCACCCUCCCAAAACGAGCACACCAACCAGCUCACCUGCAGCGCCGUCUGCUGCAGCCCGGGCUCUGUCUCCAGCUCCAGGCCAAUCCCGGACCUCGUUUCCCUCCAUAUCCCUCUCCCCAAGCCCUGAAAAGCUCAACCCUCAACCUCCUGUUAACAGGGCUCCAAAAGCUAAGAAAGGCUUUCGGCUAGCAGUGGACCCCCUUCAUAGGAAGCCCAAGCCUGAGCCUGUGGAGAUUGAGGUGGCUGUCCAACCGAAGGGAUCCAGUGCUAACAGCACCUCUCCUGUGCAGAAGUCUCCUGCUGCAACUGUGGGUUCAAAACCUCUCAAUGCAGAUGUACAAUCCCCACCAACGGUCCUUUGCGAUUUCUGUGGCCAGCUGUUUGACACCCGCAAAGCCCUGUCAUGUCACGCCCGCGCUCAUCUGCGCCAGCUCGGCCUGACCUGGUCGAUCAAAACGUCGCCAAUUGAUCUCCUCAAAGAGGUCAUGAUGCACAGUGCAGAAGGCAGGAAAGAGCCUGUGCCCAGUGGGUCAUCAGGCAAAGCCACGUGGACCCCUUCAGGCUCCAGAAGGUCCCUGGACAGCCUGCAGUCUGGGGAACCAGCCACCAAAUCCUGCACCUCACCUCUCGAUUAUUCCAUGAAAGAGAAAUCCCCGUCUGGCAAGAGUGGGGCACACGCAGACACAUCCUGUGAGCUUUGUGGGUUUGAUUUCGAAAACCGCAAGGCCUUGGCCAGUCACGCACGGGCCCACCUCCGACAGCUGGGAAUCAUCGAGUGGAAGGCAGACGGAGCGACGUCGCCAAUCGAACUCCUCAGUAAGCUGAUCCGGAGGGACCCUGUCAAGGUAGCGGCCAUAACCCGACGCUAUCGUAUGGGAGACCUUUACAUCAAGAAGUCCCAGAGAACUGCUGCAUCGCCCUCUCUCUCCACAGACUCUGACUCUCUGACAAGCCUGAAGCUUUCAGGGCACCAUCCUGAGCACAAGGUGCGCAGAGAUGACUCGGGGGUGACUGCCGGCUCAUCCAGACAGUCACAAGGCCACUCACGGUCUGCUGCAGCCCACGGCGACCCCGGUGUGCGCUCCCCAAGGGGGGCCCACCCACCAAAACAUGUUGUGCCUGCACGGGAAGAAAAUUCCCAGCAACCAUCGCGGUCAGGCAGCAUCCCAGCUCUGCUGCCAAAGCCCCCCCUAACACCUCUGGUCAAGCUGGUGGGCAAAGUCUACUCCCUCAAGUGCAGGUUCUGUGAGGAGGUGUUUCAUGGGCCGCUGUCUGUUCAAGAGCAGUGGAUCGCACACCUGCAGAAACACAUCCUGUCGCUGGGCUACAAAGGCAAAGCGUCUCCUCCUGCUGCACCGGUGGCAGCUCCAGCGCUCGUCCAUCCCGUAGCUGUCUAGUCCACAUAAUCCGUCUGUCUUAAACAAGGUCGUCAUUGUCAAAUGUCACGUCAGAGUAGUCGAGAAGAAGUGUUGUCUUUAUGUCUAUUUUGAGGUAACUAAGUGCAAGUGCAAAUUAGAUGUUUCCCUUUUGUCCUAGAGAGGGCGACCAUGAGCCACACGAGGAAAGCAGCAGAAUGUAAUCCACUCAGGUAAAAUCCACUAGAUACAAUAGAUCGCAGUACUGAUCAGUGGAUGUUUUUAAGGAAAACAAAAAACAGUUCAUCCCUCAUUUUGAUCAGUCGUGCUUUCCUCCUCCUGCUCAUAACUCCUUCCAUUUGUACAGAUGUUAAACGUGUUUUACUGUGAUUCAGCGUUGGCACGUCCCACACUGAGAGAACCAUCCCAGGCAAAGAUUUUCUGAGUAGACUGCCACGGGCGCCAUAUCACUGUGAUAUCUUUUCUCUCCUUUAUAUGCCUUUGAAUGGAGUCUUGUUUUAUAAAUUCAUUUUUUAAGUGUUUUACAUAAAUCUGGAAGGAUUCCGUUCUUUGUGGAAAUGUUUACAAAUAACACAACAGUGAAACCACAAAGUUAGACACAGAAUUCACAUCCAACUGGUGACAGCUUGGUUGAAAAAAGGUCACCAGUACUGACAUGUCCUAAAAAUACAAGCCUCAGCCUCCUUGAACCUAGAGACACUGUGUUGCCCUUCUUGCCAUUUUCUUCAGGUAUAUCUGCUUAUCAUGUACUGUUUUUCUCCUCUUUUUACAUUACUUUUAUGACACUUCUGUAAAUAAAAUUCUGCCUUGUAUA